GUCAUCUUUAAAUCAGUCUGGUGGAUGUGAGGCCACCGAAAAGCUAUUCGAGAAGUAACGUGAGAAAGGCACACAAUGCCGCAAGCACUAGAGAUCUCGUUUUCCGAUUUUCAUACCCAGAUCAAUAAUGCUGCACACAGAACAAAUGAAAUUAGUGAUAGACGUCUUAUCAUCAGACGUGGUCAACCAUUCUCUCUCAGUCUACAAUUCAAAACACGUGGAUUCCAAAAAGGAGACAACCUGAUCUUCAUUGUAGAAACAGGUCCUUGGCCUGAUGAAGCAUCAGGAACCAGAGCUGCCUUCCCAUUGGCGAGGGCUGUGACUAAGAGCUGGAGUGCCGCACUGGAAGAGAAUAAGUUUGGCUCAAUGGCAAUCGCUAUGUCUACCUCGCCUAAUGCUAUCAUUGGACAAUACACUAUGAAGCUUCAAAUUACCACCGGAAGUAAAUCCACAUCCUAUCAACUAGGAACUUUUACUUUGCUUUUUAACCCAUGGUGUGUAGAUGAUGAGGUGUAUAUGGAAAAUGAAGUUGAAAGACAAGAGUAUGUCUUGAACGACUACGGGUUUAUUUACCAAGGCAAUAGUAAUUGGAUUACGCCUUGUCCUUGGAACUUUGGACAGUUUGAAGAUGAUAUACUGGAUAUCACAUUGAAGCUUCUGGACAAGAAUCUCAAUUACCUAAAUGACGCAUUUAAAGAUCUAUCUCACAGAAACAGUGCUGUAUAUGUAAGCAGAGUAGUAUGUGCCAUGAUUAACAGUAACGAUGAUAAUGGAGUUCUACAAGGCAACUGGAGUGAAGAUUAUGCAAGUGGAGUGUGUCCUUCGUCUUGGAAUGGAAGUACUGCAAUUUUAAGGCAAUGGUACAAGAGUGACUGUCAACCUGUGAAAUAUGGCCAGUGUUGGGUCUUUGCUGCUGUAAUGUGCACAGUCAUGAGAGGCCUAGGAAUACCGACGCGGGUUAUAACAAAUUUUGAAUCUGCUCAUGACACAAACACCAACAUUCUGAUUGAUGAAUAUUAUGAUUCAACUGGAAAGAAACUCCCCAAGGAAAGCCAUGAUAGUAUUUGGAACUUUCAUGUGUGGUGUGAGUGUUGGAUGGCCAGGAGGGAUUUGCCGUCAGGAUUUGGCGGUUGGCAGGUGCUAGAUCCAACUCCACAAGAAACAAGUGAUGGAAAAUAUCGCUGUGGCCCAGCAUCUGUCAAGUCCAUCAAAGAAGGAGAGGUCAACCUUAGCUACGAUGGUCCUUUUGUGUUUGCAAUGGUAAAUGCAGAUUGCGUGUCCUGGUUAGUCUAUGGCAAAAGAAGAGAAAAGUAUUUUUGUGACCCACAUUUGGUUGGAAAUCGUAUAAGCACGAAACGCGCUGGUAGUGAUGACCGUGAAGAUGUUACUCAUCACUACAAAUAUCAGGAAGGGAGCAUUGAAGAAAGAAAAGUGUUCCAAAAAGCCAUCCACAGACUGCAAAAUAAGCAUACAAUGUCAGCAUCCAAUGGCAGAAUGUAUUCUUCUGGAAAUAAUGGCAUCACCGCUAAUGGCAGUUCAUCAGAGAAUGGGAGACCUUCGGAAAACGGAAGUGUUGCUAUCGAUGCAUCUCGUAAUCCACCACUGAAUGAGGCAAAAUUAUUUCUUGAGUUUAAAUUAACAGAGUCUCCCCAGCUUGGACAAACCAUCAAUCUAGCUUUACUGGCUGUAAACUUGGUUAGAGUUGCUAAGACAUUGAAGUUAAGCCUCACUGCCCAGUCUGUGAAACACAAUGGUAAAGAAGCGCAUCAGUUUUGGGAAGAAUCCAUGUACAUAGACCUUGGACCAGGAGAAGAAAAAUGGAUGUUAUUACAAAUUCCAUAUACAAAGUAUGGUCCAUACCUUGAUGAUAACUACCUGGUCAGAGUUACUGCUACUGGGGAGCAGAAUAUAACCUGGGAGAAGCUGCUGGUGCAAAAAGACAUUAACCUGGCUCUACCAAACAUCCUCAUCAAUUUUCUUGGCUCACCAGUAGUGAACAAACCAUGUAGAGUGAAGCUCACUUUUUCCAACCCUCUUAAUGAAGAAAUACAAGACUGUCUUAUGGUUGUUGAGGGAAGUGGAAUACUAAAAAGUCAGAUGAAAUUACAGUUAGGGUCCAUGAAACCGAGGGAAAAGUCAGUUCUGGAGUUUCAAGUCAUUCCCUUCAAAGUGGGUUUCAAACAACUCCAAGUGAAUUUCAGCAGCAAUAAAUUCAGGGUCAUUAAAGGAUACAAAACUGUGUCGGUCAAACCUUGAGAUUUACUUUGCUGGAUUGGACAGGUGAAGGGGGACAAAGCUACACAUGCAAAGGGGAAAGCUACGUUAGGUUUGUUGGAGAGCACUCACCUGUUCUAAAAGGUGGGGAAUGUAAAGCCUUGCUGAGUCAGAAUAAUCUGGGAUUUAUCUAUCUGUACAGUUUUUUCUGCCAUAUAAAUAGAAGGGAAAUUGAGGCCUUUCAGUACAUCCAUAUGAGUUGUUACAAAUGUAGGUUUCUUAUUACAGUAUACUAGUUUUUUUUUCCUGUUACUUAUCUGAAAGAGAUACCACUUUGUGCACCAAUUGUUUUGUAAUUUUUAA